AUGGCGCAUGUAGCAGACGUCUUGACUUGCUACAGUGCAAGGCCCGAGUUGGAAGAGCUGUUCCAAAGACCUAGCGACAUUCUAGACUUCCACAAGGCUUCUGUCAUGAUGGCUGAAAAGGCGAUUUGGGAGCUGGCUUUGGGACACAUCUUGGCGCUGAUCUUUAUCCCCUGUGGUUUCGCAGGUACUUACUUACUCUACCAGGCCUUUAAGCCUCGCUACCAGUGGCUUCGCUGGCCUUUUACCUUUUUGCUCUUUGCUUUCGAUGUGGCAGGUGCCCUUAUGCACUGCUCGUUUACUUUUGUGGGCAUCCUGGCCAGUGCCCCUGCCCGGGGCUACACUGUGCCUGCGGGCCUCUCUGCAGACGUUAAGCCGUUCUUCGAGGUUAUUUGCCGCUUGGUGGGCGAGAUUGCUAUGCUUCCAGGCUGUAUCUUCAGCUUCGUCCUUAUAGCAGCUGGCGCGACUGAGCUACCACGCUGGACUGCGCUCCUGACACCAGGCCCACUACAGCUGCUGGUUGCCGCCGUUGCUCCAUACAUGCCGUUGAACAUCCGAAUGUACAUGCUGGUCACCAUUUACAAUCUCUCCAGUGGCAUAUGGCACCUGACAAUGGCCGCAACCUAUGCUUGGAGCCGGAAACAGAGCCUCCUCAAGGAGUCAUAG